AUGUAUCACGCCUUAGGCACAGGUUCGCCGAACCCAAAUGGAACUGGGAGGAAAGACGAGCCGAAUCAGUAUCGGCCACCUGUCGCAGCCAGUCCUGCGGGCUACCAACAACAUGGCAGUCCUGCGGUUGGUCAACCUUCGAACCAAUACGCCAAUACACCUUUGCAAUAUGGUGGUGCGCCAGUGCAGCAGGAAGGAUACUUCCCACCACAAGCGGCACCAUCGACUCAAGCUAUGUAUCCUGGUGACCAAGACGUGAACCAUCUAGCGUCUCAAAUGGGAACAGUCGGAUUGGGCGUUGACCCAGCAGGGCAGCCCAGGAAUAAGAAGAAGAACCGCCAUGCAUAUCACAAUCUUGAAGGACCUGGUGGCAGUACUCAAGCCUUCAAUACCACGCCGCAGACCGGAACUCCCCCACAAUAUAUGAACGCGAAUUCUCCACAUGUCGGUGGUCCACAAUGGCAGCAAGAACCUCAAAUCACGCCAGCCAUGUCGCAAUUUCCAGCGGCAGCAAAUCCAAUAUUUAGUCCUUCGAUUCAAGCAUCGCCUGCACAGCAUGCUGCGAGAACGCCAGCCGCACCGCAUCAGAUUGGAACACCAGUUGGAUCAGCGCAAGGUCGUGUCGAUCCAGAACAGAUACCCAGUGUGCCGAAAUCUCGAGAUGCGCCUGCAAAGUACUACUUAGAGAACAUAUAUCCGACAAUGGAACAUCAUCUGCCACCUCCAGCUACCGUCCCUUUUGUCGCAUUUGACCAAGGCAACUCGUCCCCCAAAUAUGCGAGAUUGACGAUGAAUAACAUCCCAAUAUCGAAUGACGCACUUGCUGCUACUGCUCUGCCACUCGGACUUGUACUGCAACCUCUGGCCCCUCUACAAGAAGGCGAGCAACCAAUACCUGUCAUGGAUUUUGGCGACGCGGGCCCGCCACGGUGUCGGAGAUGUCGAGCGUACAUCAACCCCUUCAUGCAAUUCGUGGGCGGUGGGAACAAGUUUGUGUGCAACAUGUGCACAUAUCCCAAUGAUACGCCAGGGGAGUACUUUGCGCCCACGGAUCAUGCUGGUGUACGAACGGACAGGCUACAGCGACCCGAGUUGAUGCUCGGUACUGUUGACUUUACCGUGCCCAAGGAGUAUUGGUCUAGGGAACCGGUCGGUCUGCGGUGGCUCUUCCUGAUUGAUGUCUCCGCUGAGGCAGUCAAUCGUGGAUUUGUUGAUGGCUUCUGCGCAGGCAUCAUGGAUGCGCUCUAUGGCGGCGAGGAUGGAGAGGAGGCCGAAUCGACAUCGCGUUUAGCACCCGGCGCAAAGGUCGGCAUCGUCACUUUCGACAAGGAGAUGCAUUUCUACAACUUGAGUUCAAGUCUACAAUCCGCGCAGAUGCUGGUAAUGCCAGAUCUCGAAGAACCAUUCCUGCCAUUUACUGAAGGUCUCUUCGUGGAUCCUUCAGAGUCCAAGGCAGUCAUCACAUCCCUCCUCACACAACUACCACGGAUGUUCUCCGAGGUGAAACAUCCGGAGCCUGCUCUGCUACCAACACUGAACUCGGCCGUCGAGGCGCUCGCAGCCACCGGCGGAAAGAUUGUGUGUUCAUUAGCUGCGCUGCCAACUUGGGGUCCAGGCCGGCUAUUCUUGCGUGACGAUGGCAAUUCACACAACACAGAUGCUGAGAAGAAGCUGCUGAAAACCGAACAUCCCGGCUUCAUCAAAGUCGCAGAGAAGAUGGUGCAAAGUGGCGUUGGUAUCGACUUCUUCAUGGCAGCGCCGAGCGGUGGGUAUCUGGAUAUCGCAACCAUUGGAGGGGAGGUUUUCUAUUACCCUACCUUCCACUCACCACGGGACACCUUCAAGCUGUCAAAAGAGAUCAAGCAUACAGUCACACGAGAAACUGGCUACCAGGCGUUAAUGAAAGUUCGCUGUUCGACCGGUCUACAAGUCUCUGGAUACCAUGGCAACUUCUACCACCACAGUUUCGGCGCAGACCUUGAAUUUGGUGUCAUUGAUGCCGACAAAGCUGUUGGAGUACUUUUUAGCUACGAUGGCAAGCUCGACCCUAAACUCGAUGCCCAUUUCCAAAGUGCGCUACUGUACACGACAGCGAGUGGAGAACGGAGAGUGCGAUGUACAAACGUCGUCGCAAGUGUCAGUCCCAACACGGGCGAAUGCAUGAAGUUUGUAGAUCAGGAUGCCGUGGUUAGCAUUAUUGCUAAGGAAGCUGCCGCAAGAAUGACAGAGAAGAAUCUCAAGGAUAUCAGAGGCGCUCUGACCGAAAAGACGGUGGAUAUUCUCGCUGGGUACAGGAAGAAUUUCACUGGAAACAGCCCUCCUGGUCAGCUUGUCCUGCCGGAGAACCUUAAAGAGUUCGGUAUGUACAUUCUCGGCCUGAUCAAGUCCCGAGCCUUCAAGGGUGGCAAGGAGCCGCCAGACCGAAGAGUGCAUGAUAUGCGUAUGCUCAAAUCCAUGGGUGCAUUGGAGAUGUCCUUGUACUUGUAUCCCCGAAUCAUUUCCAUACAUGACCUAGAUGAGAAAGAUGGUUAUGCAAACGAGAAGGGUCAUUUGGUCAUGCCCCAAGGCGUACGAGCGUCGUUCUCGAAAGUCGAAGAAGGCGGCGCAUACAUUGUCGAUAACGGCCAGAUCUGUCUCCUAUGGCUCCAUGCCCAAGUUUCGCCGAACCUGCUCGAGGACCUGUUUGGACCAGGCUUGAACAGUCUCAAAGCACUGGACCCGUUCCUAUCAUCCUUACCUGUUCUCGAGACCCACCUCAAUGCGCAAGUACGGAACAUCCUACAGUAUCUCGAGGGCACUCGUGCCUCCAAGGCUCUCACAAUCCAGCUAGCACGACAAGGUCUGGAUGGUGCGGAGUACGAGUUUGCCCGUUUGCUGUAUGAAGACCGCAACAACGAGGCGCAGAGCUAUGUGGACUGGCUGCUCGCGGGUCAGCGUAAGAAGGAGGACACAGGCGACUCAGUUGGAUCGACAUUUGUUGGCUUACGGACGCCGUACUGGGGUUAG